CACGCAACAACGGUCCUUGAUCACUUAUUUUUUUUUCUACAACUCUUUUUUCUCAGAUACAUUUUUCCUUUACUGCGCAAAAAUCCAUCAAUAUGUCGUGGCGAAAUCAAGGGAUCACAGGAUCCAAUAAUAUUCCCCUCGGAAAGAGUCGACGAUUUGGAGUUGACGGAGAGGAUGCGACCGAGAAACACGAAACCGGAAGCGAUAGUUACAGCUUGUCGAACGGGGACCGCGACUUGAAGCGCGGUCGCAGCCCAGAGCCAAGAACCGAUUCUGAUGGCCCUCGACGCCGGAAGAAGCGUAAUCGAUGGGGUGAUGCCUCCGAAAAUAAAGCUGCUGGACUUAUGGGCCUUCCCACGGCCAUCGUAGCCAACAUGACCAGCGAACAACUAGAAGCCUAUACCUUACAUCUUAGAAUCGAGGAGAUUAGCCAGAAGCUGCGCAUCAACGAUGUUGUCCCUGCCGAUGGCGAUAGGUACGUUUGACUCUGUGUCGUCUUAACAAAUUUGACUCCGGCGCAAUUCCAUUAACGUUCCACUCAGAUCUCCAUCCCCCCCGCCACAGUACGAC